AGAAAGAAAAUAGACAUGUGCAAUAAUUUCCUCCUUCCCUCUUAUUAUUCUUUUCUUCUUCUUCUUCGUCAUUUUUCCCUUUGUAGCGUCAAAGAAUGAUUGAAAAUUGAAAUUAAAGGGAAAGUGAAUAGUAAAUAGCCCCCUCCUGUUGAUUGUUUGAUUGAUUUUCAAAGCUGUAAUAUCGAAUUUCACUCCGCAACAGUAGUAGAGACUACUCAUCUCUUGCUUGGCCUCAUUAGAACUUGAAUCUCUUAUAAGAGAGCCACCUAACCAUCUUGAUCAUUGUUACAUUUUUUGAUUACAAAGUAAUAUGAUGAUUUGCUUUUGAUUGUUGACAAUCUAACUAUACUUCACAUGGUACCAUUUAUUUGAUCUAAGCAAUUGCAGUCACAGUUACUCCCUUGGUCACCUAGCUUCGGUUUAUGAACAGAGGGUGAUGGCAUCUUUAACCCACCUGCCAUCUGCCACAGCAGCAGUUACUUUGCGUCAUGUACGUCAUAAACAGCUGCAAUUGUUGAAAACCCGAGGAAUGCCAAAUAGAAUGACCUUUCCGUGUAUUAGUCAUAAGCCAUUCUCUAUUUGCUGCUCAAAUCAGUCUUCAUGGGAACCUGCACCUAUCACUUAUGUUCCUAGUGAUAAUAUUAAAGAUAAUUUUUUGGAAGGGACAGCCAAUAUAUUUGAAACCAUGUCUUCCAGUAAACAAGCGGAAGCGGAAUCUUCAUUAACUGAGGCUGAAGGGGUCACUGAUGCAAAGAACCAGCCAACAUUGCAGCUCCAAUACCUUCAAUGGCCCAUGUGGCUUCUUGGGCCUGCCAUUCUCUUAGCCACUGGGAUGGUGCCCACUUUGUGGCUACCUAUUUCAUCAGUUGUCAUUGGUUCCAACAUAGCCAGCCUUCUUUCCUUGACUGGACUUGAUUGUAUUUACAAUCUUGGAGCAAAUCUGUUUCUCCUAUUAGCCGAUUCUUGUGCUCGUUCACCAGACAGCAAUCAAGAUUCCAGCAGCAAGCCGCCUUUUAGUUAUCAGUUAUGGAACAUGGUAGCAAAUGUUAUGGGUCUAGUCAUUCCCUUGGUAGUGCUAUUUGGUUCUCAAAACAGUGUCCUUCAGCCUCAACUUCCUUUCAUUUCUUAUGCUGUGCUCUUGGGUCCAUAUCUUCUGCUUCUAUCAAUACAGAUACUCACAGAGAUGCUAACAUGGCAUUGGAAGUCACCAGUAUGGUUGGUGACACCGGUAGUCUAUGAAGCUUAUCGUGUGUUACAACUAAUGAGAGGGUUAAAGCUCAGUGCAGAACUCAGUGCACCAGCAUGGAUGCUGCAUACCAUUAGGGGAUUAGUCUGCUGGUGGGUUCUCAUUCUUGGCAUGCAGCUCAUGAGGGUCGCUUGGUAUGCUGGUUUCACUGCUCGGGCUCAUCAGAAACUGCUGCAUGCCUUGCCUGACGCUGAUUAGGUCCAAGUGAUGCCACUUCCAUUUCGGUUUUACAGAAAAUAGCUGUAUAUGGAAUUCAGUUAGUACAGACUUCUUUGCUUUCCCCCCUUUCCUUCCUGUUACUACUGUUAUACAUAAGAAGUUGUCCUUCAAAGAUUACAACUAUGAUGUGUUACCAGAAAAGAAAUACUAAAAUAGUGUAUACAACUAGAUAUUUUUAGUUAAAGAUGCUUGCAGAUUCUCUCUA